AUGUUGACACAAACAGACUUCUGGAAACUCGAGUCGGAAGACUCUUUGUUAAAACUGAACGAUGACUUUUUGCAAGAGGGCAACACAUCACAAGUUGAAGAGCUUCUUUUGCGUGGGGAGCGAUGGUAUGAAAAUGUGAUGAAACAUUCAGAAAAUAUUCCAGUGAAGGAAUAUCAACCAGAACACAUCGAGAACGUCCCUGAAGGUAUUCGGAGAAUCAUCGAACUCGACGUGUUAAGAACAUUGAAGUCGGAAGAAUACAAGGCACCACUUCGUGUACUCUUGACACAGUUGUGGAAAGACUUUGGAGACUACGCACAAGCAAUGUGUCUUGUUGCUGCUUUUCUUCGACUUGUACUGAGUGAGAAUAAAGUCUACAAAAUCAUGACCGUCUUGAAUCAUAGCAAUUUUUAUAUUCCGGGCUAUUGGAAAGCUGAAGCAGUUGGAUACGCGUCAGACACAUACUCUGCAAUUGCAAUUGCUCGUGAGAUCUCCCCAGAAGUUGUCAAUAAAAUCACUCGAACACAGCCAUACCCCGAAACAUUCUGUCAGAAGUUUUUCAAUGCGAUUGGGAUCCAUGUCUUCCCCUUUGAAAUUGAAUUUGAUAUCAUGGAACAAUUCCUUACAGGCGGACGUGUAUUUUUGUUCCAAUUGAUCACUUCAGUGAUGGACGUACAGAAGGAACAAUUCUUAAAUAACAACGAGGUGAACAUCAUGUUCAAUUUGCUCGGGCUUGAGAAGGAAGUUACAUCACGUGAAACACUUCGAAGGAUCUGUGACGAGGCAAAGAACUACGACAAAGUAUUGGAGCACGACAUUGUCGCGAUGAGGAACGAGAUGUACGAAAAACAUUUGAGAGCAAAACUUGAAAAACAAAAAAGAGCAAAGGAAGAAGAAGACUCAGACGACAUAAUAGACUGCCCAUCCACCGACGACGAGGACGAAUAA